UGGCAGAGGUCCAGGGCUGAAAGGGCACUAGGGCAGGACCAGUCUUGGGGGAAUGGCAGAAACAGCAUAAAUAAAGUGUCUCACAUUGUCCGUUGUGUCCUUUAGGAUAACCUGGUAUUGUCUACUGAUACAAUUUAAGGACUAAGAGGAUCAGCUGUACGAUUUAAAAUUGUACUCCCGAGUAAAGCCAGGGAGUCAAUCGCUGAAAGAUGGGGGAGUUUGAGAGCAGUGCUCUGGGCCGGGUAACAGUGUACUCCAUCCAGGGCUGCCCACACUGUGUGCAGGCUAAGGCCACCCUGAGGCGUUUGGGAGUACCGGUAUGUGACGUGGAUGUGGAGAAGCAUCCAGAGCUAAGAGCCAGGGUGAAGGAGCUGACAGGACGCAACACAGUCCCUCAGAUCUUCUUUAACAACAUUCAUGUAGGGGGCAACGAUGACCUGCAGAAAUUGGCUCCCGAGGAGCUUCAGAGGUUAGUGAAUCUGGUCAAGGACGAGCCUCUUCCAGCAGAUGCUCCACCACUACCAGAGGAGAAUCAAUCAGAAGACACGGCUGGGGACACCGAUGGAGAGUUUAAGUGUGAGAGAGAUGAGUUGGCGGAUCUGGUAGAGGACCUCAAACAUGGCAAUGUGAUUGGCAGUCAUAGGAGGGGACUGACAAUUUACAAAAAGAGCUUCUCAGGUGAUCAACUGGUUGACUGGCUGCAGAGAGAGAAGGGCAUGGCCAGGGCUGAGGCCUGUAAUACUGGCCAAGCAUUGUUGCAGAAGAAGUACAUGGUCAGUGUGCGUGGCUGUGGGCAGCAGGAUGGCAGUUUUGGAGAAGGAAAAGACACCAUGGACACACUGUACAGGCUGCUGGAGGACGACCCUCAUUCAGCCCUCAACGCAGGACAGACGGCAGCCUGCAGUCCCAUCCAGGCUGCUGAGCUCUCUUUGCUUUUACGGGAGAUGAUUCUGAAAUUGUUCUCUGACCAUCUCUCUGCUGAUGGCAAGUCUGUAGACUACAAAGGCAUGUCAGUGAACCCUGCCUUUGAGCGUUACUGUGAGCUAGCCAUUCAGCUGCAGAGGGUGGAGCUGCUUUCGCUAAGCCGCGAGGAGAAGCUGGCCUUCUUCAUCAACAUCUACAAUGCCUUGGUCAUCCAUGGGUACCUGCGCAUGGGGGCCCCCACCAACAUGUGGCAAAGAUACAGAUUCUUCAACUAUGUGAGCUACCUGAUUGGAGGAGAAGUGUUCACAUUACAGGACAUUGAGAAUGGCAUUCUGAGAGGGAACAGAAAAGGUGUCGCACAGCUUUUAAGGCCCUUCUCCAAAACAGACCCGCGCCUUCAAGUGGCCCUUCCGGAUGGUGAGCCUCUCAUUCACUUUGCCUUGAACUGUGGCGCAAAGGGCUGCCCACCAAUUAAAACAUACACUCCACAGGACAUUGACAGCCAGCUCCGCAUAGCGGCUGAGGCCUUCCUGGAGAAUGACGACGGCUGUGUGGUGGAUUCUGGGAAAAGAGAAGUGCGACUCAGUCAGAUAUUCAAGUGGUACAAAGCUGACUUUGGAGGCACUGAUGAGAAGCUGCUGAAGUGGGUGGUGGAGCACAUGGGUGACUCUCCGAAGAAGACCAGCCUGCAGGGUGUCCUUUCUGCUGGGAAGAUCAAAGUCAGCUUCCUCCCUUACGACUGGAGCACCAACAGUACACACUGAAGAUGCACACACAAAUACAUACACGUGCAGCUAUGUGCUAUGUCUCUUUGCAUCUGUCUACUUUUUACUGAGCUGCAUCUACUUAAAAACCAGGAGGAUGGUGAUGGUCCUCAACCAUGCAAAUGUUUUUAUGCAAAACAAACUGUAAAUCCAAGUGGCGAGACGGGCGUGUUUGCACUGUACCACUGAAUCAAACUUUUCUUGUCGGCUUAGCUUAUUGUAAGCUCAUACACCUUGUGUUUGGAAGUCAUGCACUGUAUGUAUGUUGUACAUUCAGUUUUUAUUGGUUUGAAGUAACAAGCCUAUUUUAGAAAUCAAGUUGCACACAGACUGGUACUGCAGCAGCAUAAUUAAUAGGAUGAAAUGCACAUUAAGCAUGUUAUUGACUUCUGUUAUUAAUGUCCUAUGUAACGUGUCAAAGCCUGAAAAUUAACAUUCCCAAUGUACACUUCCCAAAUUAUUUGAGUAAAUCAUCACAGAGAAAGCUAACUGAAAGCAUACUGUUGUUAUAACAAUCAUCAAUAUGGCUUCCAUUCUCUCCAGUCCUAGUCUUUAAACACCGUGUCAGCAACUCAGGAGUCAUAGAUUACACGAUCUUCUCUGUCCAAUACAACACUCGUUGGGCUAUUUAUGUGGAGCAUUUAAUCAGAGCAGAUGGAGAUCCAAACACGCUGCCUUGACAAGCCAUAUUAAAUAUUGAUGUUGUUUUCUACAGGGAAAGAAAGUAAUAGCUGUUACAGUUUUAACACUACGCCCAGUGGAUAUAAAAUACUAAAAUAUAAACACAACUCCGCUUGUGGCUGAAAAACACCAGAUGUUUUAAGCUGUUAGAGAUUUUGUAAGGACAUUUCUGAACAUUUCCUUUUCUAAACAUCUAUGACCCAGGUAUCAAGCUUUUUUUUUUUUUCUUUUUUUUCAUUGGACAAACAAAAUCUGGUUAGAUGCUGCUACUGUUACUUAUCUUCCCCACAUGUUGGACUGGGACUGUAGUGUGGCGCAGGGGCUAUGAGGGGGAUGGAUCCUUUGAAGUCUCCAUCUUUUUGAACAGCAUCCUUUGUAGGAUCCAGUCCCUGAAUUUAAAAAAAAACAAACAGUUACUGUGUCUUUGUUUAGAGUGAAGACAGAUGCAGCGCUCAGAUUUCUGCAUGUCUUGAUCAGUUUUAAUUUCUAACCCCUGGUGAUAUUUUGUUUCUUCCUUUCUUUACGUGAACCCAUGUGGUUGUUGACCCCUCUUUUUGAUCCAGGUCUUCCAUUUGAAAUCGGAAAAGUGCUACUGCUGUGUUUUUAGCGCAGUUAUUUAGUAAAAGAAAUAGUAAUAUUGUGAAUUAUUGAAAUAUCUAUCAAAACAACACCCAUUUGGGAUGCACUCUGACACUUUGCAUGUUUAUCACCAACUGUGAAUUCUGUUGAGACAGGAUUUAACUUUUUUCACAAAGACAAAAGUUCACUGUUGGUCCACAUGAGGAGAAUGGGCUGAUUAUCUCGCUAUUUAUUUAUUCCAGGGUGUCUGCGCGAACUGAAAAAAAUUCUCAGUUUUGAAAAUAUUUUUCAUUAUUCAAAUUAGUAUUCAUGAAUACAAAGAAAUGUAGCAGUUUAAGUCUUGAUUAGAGUUUGCAGGUUUGUGGUGUGUUGAGUUUCUGCCUACAAAACUACAGAAUCCCUUUAAGUAUUCCCUUUCAACAUUGAAAUUCAGCUUCAUUGGUUUUCCAUAAUACCUGGCCUUAAAAGUUCAUAAGACUUCUUCAUUUUUAAUGUGAUACAUUUUCUAGUGUGAUGGCUACACAUUAAUAUAAUUACUGUAUAUGGUUAUAAGGAGUGUGUGGCUUAGAAAAACCUAUUUAAGGGGCUUUCUCUGUUUCUGUAAUUCAAAGAUUUUAUCUCAGGUCAAAGGAAAAUAAGUGGAAACAAUAUUAAGUUAUUUGAUGUCAUCAAUGCACUAUAUGCUGCAUGUUGUGUAUAGUCUUAAUGAUUGCAGCUUAUUCUGCACAGUCCUUAUUCCUUUGCAGAGACAUUGUGUCAUGCACAUUACUAGAACUGUCAGUUUUUUUUGUCUUUCAGCUAUAAGCAGCACCAAAGCAUAUGGUAAAUUAGCAUGUGUUAAAACUGGAAUGCAUUUGAUGCAUGAGAUACUGGAAAACCCUCCAAUCUUGAAUGCUGGCCUGUAGCAGCCUGUGUCACUACUUUGUUUCUAGCCUGUAAGCUCAGCCAUAAGAAAUAGUUGGACCUUAACACUUACUCCCUCCCCAGUUAGACAAAGUGUCAUUUAGACCCUAAUAUCAGAAUACAAUAGUGCAAACCCAAGUUUGAUAAAGCCAGCCAUAGUUAAACAUCAGAGACUGCACUUUUUCUGCAAAUACAUGCCUUCAGUGACAAGUGCCCCCUUGGCUUUACUACACUUAUCGCCAUCAUUGAAUGACUGAGUAAAACAAAAGGGGAAACCAGUUUGUGGGCUAAAAUGAACAGAACAAAAGGGUUUUAUUUAUGUAUAUUGAUGAUCCCUUUUCUUUUUCAAAAUUACCUCAUGUAUCAGGAAAAUGUGAUGCAAAAACUUUUUUAAACAAGCAGUUCUAAUAUGAUCAUUCUAUUUUCCUCUUUCCUGGGGUUAACAAUGAAGCAAUAUGUUUGAAUAGUAAAUAUGCAAUGCCAAACUAAAAAUAAAAAAUAUAUAAUGA